CUUUUUAGGGCAGAAAAAGAAUGGGGUGAUGGUAUGAGGGGUUUAGCUGUAUCGGCUGCCAACUAUGCCCUUCUUCGUAUCCGUGGAGAAGGAAAGCACACAAAGAACUGGAGGCCACAGUUGUUGAUUUUAAUGAAACCAGAUAAGGCCUUGUUUCCAUCUCAUCCUCAGAUGUUGAGUUUUGCUGCUCAACUAAAAGCAGGUAAAGGUAUAACUUUAGUUAACACUGUUCUAGAAGGAGAUUAUAUUGAAAGGGCAGUUGAAGGUAGAGCGGCAAAGAUGAUAUUAAAUGAUUUUAUGGAUGGAUAUGGUGUUCGGGGUUUUACACAAGUUGUUACAUCUCCUGACGUCAUUCAAGGUUUAACUCAUUGCAUCCAGACGGCAGGUUUAGGUAAAUUACGACAUAAUACUGUGAUGAUUGGAUGGCCAUCACAUUGGACUGAUGAUCCCGACCAAAGUGCAAGAUUCCUUAGCGUUCUACAGGCUAUAGCAACGGCUAAUCUUUCUUUGAUGGUAGCAAAAGGUGUUGACGGUUUUCCUGAAAGUACUGACAGAUUGACUGGCACCAUUGACGUUUGGUGGAUUGUCCAUGAUGGAGGAAUGUUGCUUCUAUUAGCUUUCUUACUCCAACAAAAUCCAACAUGGAAACACUGUACACUUAGAAUAUUCACCAUAGCUCAGCUUGAAGAUAAUAGUGUACAAUUAAAACGUGAUAUAGAGAAAUAUUUAUAUCAUCUAAGAAUCAAAGCCAACGUCACAGUCGUAGAAUUAGUAGAUAGUGAUAUAUCAGCGUAUAUAUAUGAACGAACAUUACAAAUGGAAGAACGAUCAAAACUUAUACAAAAUAUGAGAUUAAAAAAACAUGCUAGUAAAAACCAGCUACAGGACAUAGUUGAUAAUGCUCACAGUCAGCGAGAUUUUAUAGAGACAUUAGAACCAUUAGAAGAUGUAUUAGAAGAAACCGAACCAGUGCCUGUUAUAGGUGUAUUAUCAGCUGUAGAUGUACCAUCAUCAGAGAGAAUACAAUAUACAUACAGUAAUAUAACACAACUAAGACGGGAAACUUAUUAUAAACAACCACAACGUAAACCUGAUAAAAAGAAUGUACGGAAAAUGCACACCGCCAUAGAAUUAAAUAAACACAUAGCAUCUUUAUCUAAGGAGGCUGAAAUUGUUAUUGUUAAUAUGCCAUCAUUUCCUACUACACCGUGUAACAAUGAAAAUUAUAUGACAUUUUUAGAAGUAUUAACAGAAGGAAUAGAAAGAGUUUUAAUGGUGCGGGGAUCUGGACAAGAAGUCAUUACAAUUUACUCCUAAACAGCAGCGACUUUCAUAUGUUCAUUUCAGAGAGAAUUGUAGGAAAACUAUUUCUAGACCUACAUUAUCACGCCAUUUUCUGAAACAAGAUCAGAAAUAUAACAUAGUCAUUACCAUAUACUAAACAGAAUUUCAAACAGAAUUAACACAUUUAUGUUAUUUUGCCAAUUUGUCUUUAUUUUUUUAAUUUAUUUUUUGGUUAUCUGUACAGGAAGUUAUUGUUAUAUUUAUAAAAAUAAAAUAUGUUAACUUAUUCUAUUGUACAUUUCUUGUAAAUGAUCAGUAAAUUAUUUAUAACGGAUAAUGCAUGUAAUCGUUUCUCUGGGCGGUAUAAAUUCUUAUUAAAGGGGCAUUGUGGAAGAUUAGAUACAGUUCUCGCUAUAAUAGUUAAAAAAUAGAUAAUGAAAAGGAAAACUAUUACACAUUUCAUUCAAAUUACUUCACUUUGAGCCGAGUUAUCGCCGUUAGAAGAACAGUGGACUUGAUUGUCAUUGCUACUACCGUUGUGAAGAUAAUAAACAAAGUCUCGAUUAUCCAUUUUUAAAGUAAAUCAUUAAAAUUGGUCGAAUCGUUCUAAUCUACUUAAAAUCGGAGCCAUCCGAUAACACCGAGAGUUGAUUAUGGUCUUAAUGUCUAAUUUAUAGAUAUACUCAAAUUUAGCUUUUGCAUUUACAAUGCCUGUUUAAGUAGGAAUCGCCGUAAUGAGCCUAUUUAUAACACAGAAAUGUAUUGUUAUAUUUAUGAAAAUAAAAUGUGUUAACUGACUUUAUUGUACAUUUCUUUUAAAUAAUGCA